AUGGCCGCCACAAACAAUGACUCCCCAGGAAAUGCCUACUACCCAAAUAGCCCCCCAAUGCGAAGGCCAGGCCUGAAAUUCCUUUACCGCCUCGAGUGCACCAUCGCCUCGGAAGAAAUCAAUAUCGGUGCCCCCAACGGAACGGGCGUAUUUCGGAGCAUCGCGAACAUAACAGGCGGUACAUUCAAGGGGCCGAACCUUGAAGGAACCGUUCUUCCUCUGGGUGGUGCAGACUGGGCGACUGUUAUCGAGGGCACGCAUUCCAUGACCCUCGACGCACGGUACACCAUCAAGACAGUCGACGACCACUAUCUCUUCGUGCAAGCGCACGGUCUCUACCGCCCCGGACCGGGAACACAAUAUGCCAAACAGGUAGCCGAGAACCCAGCCAUGAGACCACCGCCGACAGUUACACAAGAUGACGUCGAGUUCUUCUCACAUCUGCGGAUCGAGACUGCGGGGAAGUAUAACUGGUUGAAUGGGCUGGUUUGUGUUGGGUUGAUGGGUUGCGAGGAUGAUCGUAUCAUUAUCGAUGCGUAUUAUUUGACGAAUUUUGUUGGUUUGAGGCCGGAAGAUGUUAUGAUGAGACGGGAGAAUUCAUAG